UAUUUGUCUUCCAGAAUAAAUAAAGUACGUCAUUCACGUGUUUAGUAGAAUGCUUACCACGCUAUUUUUAUGAUCUCUUUCAAUCAUUGAUUGAUAGUAAUUUCCACCAAUUCUACUAGGCACUUUCUGACCAAACAUAAAAUGAAUAAAGACCAUGUAAGAAGAAAGAAAAGUAAAUUUUUCCAAAGAGCAAUUAUCCAGAUAUUCGACAAGUUUCAAUUGUAUUUUGGAAGAGGUCGCUACGAUCUAUCGAAUAUGGAAGCGAUUUUGGAUGAUUAUGUCUCGUCGGAUGAUCUUAAGAAAUUUGAAAUUAACUACAAUGAGCAUUUAAACAGAGGUGAAGUAACAUCCAAAAUUAAAUUUGAAUAUGCAUGGUGUCUUACACGAAGUAGAUAUCCUGCAGAUAUUAGAAGAGGAGUGAUUUUAUUAGAAGAUUUAUUUAAUAAUGGAGAUGAACAAGCAAAACGUGAUUAUCUUUACUAUUUAGCUGUUGGUAAUACCAAAUUAAAGGAAUAUAAUAAAGCUUCCAGUUAUAUCAAAGCCUUUCUUAGUGUGGAACCAACAAAUCGGCAAGCUCAGGAAUUACAAAAAUUAAUAAAAGACAGAAUGAGAAAAGAAGGAUUAAUGGGUAUGGCAAUUGUAGGAGGUGCAGCUUUAGCCCUUGGCGGACUUGUAGGUUUAGGUGUUGCAAUGUCAAGAAAAUAAUUUUGUAUAAAAUGAUGAAAAAAUAUAUAUAAUUACUGUAUAUAUUAAAAAAAAAA